AUGUCAUCUGGUAUCCUUGCAGGUACCAAUCCUCUUGUUUAUGAUUCCUCUGCUCCGUAUACCCUCUUUAUAUUCCAGCUGAUCCUUAUCAUAGUGACAGCAGAAUUGCUCCACUAUCCGUUGUCUAAGAUUCAGCAGCCUCGUGUCAUUUCCGAGGUUCUGGCUGGUAUCAUCCUCGGUCCCACGGCGAUGGGUAAGAUCCCCAAUUUUACCUCUACUGUGUUCCCUACUGACUCUAUGCAGGGUCUCACUUUGGUGUCCACGUUAGGUAUCUGUCUUUUGCUUUUCAUGGUGGGAUGCGAAGUCGAUAUCAGGUUCAUCAAGAAGCAUUUGCUUAAAGCUCUGACUGUUGGUAUUUUUAACAUGGCUGUUCCCUUUGGUUUGGGUUGUGCUUAUUCUAUCGCCCUUUUCAAACAGUACCGAGAGUUCGAGCCUGGUCUUCCUGAUAUAAAGUUUACCACCUUUAUGGUUUUCAUAGGUGUCUCCAUGUGUAUCACGGCUUUCCCUGUUUUGGUCAGAAUCCUUACAGAGCUUCGUUUGGUUAAAGAUCGUGUUGGCGUUAUCGUCUUGGCCGCCGGUAUCACCAACGAUUUACUAGGCUGGAUCUUAUUGGCCCUUUCUAUCACCCUAGCCAACUCUUCCAAGUCCGAAACUACGGGUUACAUAGUGUUGGUCACCAUCGGUUGGGGACUAUUCAUUUGUUACCCUGCUCGUUGGUUUCUUUCCUGGUUAUUGAGAUCCGUGCUGCACGAUCUCGAUAAUCUCAACGGCCCUUCUCCCCUAGCCAUGCUGAUUAUUCUUAUGAUGACGUUUGCCUCCGCUUUCUUUACUGAUAUCAUAGGUGUUCAUCCUAUCUUUGGUGCGUUUAUGGUCGGUACCAUAGUUCCUCGUGAUAACCACUACGUCAUCCGACUUACUGAAAGGAUUGAAGAUCUCGUUAACAUUAUCUUCUGUCCAAUUUAUUUCGGUAUUGCUGGUUUGAAUGCUGAUCUUACCUUGCUAGAUAAGGGUAUUGACUGGGCCUAUAUCAUUGGUCUUAUAGCUAUUGCCAUGUUUGGUAAGAUUCUUGGAGGUUCUUUAGCGGCCAGAAUCCACGGUUUAUUCUGGAGAGAGAGUUUGGCUGUUGGUAUAUUGAUGUCCUGUAAAGGUAUCGUGGAGAUUGUCGUGCUACAAACAGGUUUGAAGGCAGGUAUUGUCUCCAAGAAGAUCUUUGCCAUGUUUAUUUUGAUGGCUCUUGUCUCUACUUUCUUGACAACUCCCUUAACAUUACUUUGUUAUCCGCAGUCCUACAGGAAUGAGAUCCAGAAGUUGAUCCAAGAAAAGCAAUCGAAGGAGCUGGAAAAAAAGCGCAACGAUAACCUGAAGAACCCUCCUUCGGAGUCUCCCGAGCCAUCAUUACCGGAACUACAUACAACCAAGACUCUCACUAAAAAGUACAAGAAAGUAAGAUUCGACAAAUUGAUUCUUCCAGUGGACAGUUUGGAGAGUGUUUCAAACAACUUGAUUCUUGUUGACCGGUUUUGUAAGCCUGGAAAAAUACCCAUGCAUGCCGUCAAUAUUAAACAGCUUACGGGGAGAACGGCCGACUUGUUACAUGCAUCAAUGAUGCAGGAGAUGGACGACAAGUUUGACCAGUUCGACGGACAGUAUCUCAAUGCCAUUUUAAGCAUUCUGAAGAUUUUCUGUGAGUUGAACGGAGUUCCCUUUUCUUCAGAGAUUGUAUUUGCACUUCCUGAAAAUGACCUUAAAUCACUUCUACUCAACCAGAAUUUCCUUCCUAACGAUCUUCUUAUUCUGACCAUUGGUAGCAAGCUUUACAUGGACCGUCCCGGUGUUCUUGACGAGUUUGGUAGAAUCGUUAAAGGUGUCAGCUAUUAUAGCGCAGUGUUCAUCAACAACGAUCAAGGCAUUGGUCGUAUCAGAGAAAUGGAAGAACAGGAUAUUCAGAAGCGUAAAAGGCAGCCGAAGACACUUCCAAACAAAGAUUUUAUGGAAGAGGAGUCGAUCCUCUCCAACGAAACGAUUCUCAAUCCUAAAUCUUUUGAGAUUACUACGGUAAGUCUAGUGUGCAGUCCCGGUGAAUCUACAGAGGACCAGAUAGUGGCUCUUAAAAUAUUUAGCAUAUUGGUUAGAGAUGAGGACGUUGACGAAUGUUACAUAGUGUCUGGAAAGGGACUCACGCCAGAUUUGAGCGCUGUUUUGAGUGAACAGCCCCCUAAAGGGGUCAAGAUCCGCUCUAUGGAGUACUGCUCUGAGGAUGAGACGCAAAGUUAUGAGGAUUAUGUGGAGUCAUUGAGUGAACAGAAUGAUUCAGGUAAAAUUGAUGAGUUGGUCAUCAUUACGAAAAGCUGUCCGUUCAGUGAAACACUCAUACAGCAUUUAAUGAGAAACAACAAAAAGAUUCUUGUUGUCCUCUAA